AUGUCGGUCCCAGUGGCGGGGCUUUCUGUGCGGCUGACUUUCUCAGUGUUGACUGGCGCUGGUCGCUUUUGCGUUGUAGGAUCCGGUGUGGCGACGCGGAAGGAGUUACUGGCAGUGCCUCGCAGGGUUUUGUCUGACUUCAGCCCGCAGCCAUUAACCUGUCCAGAUAACGUGGAAUCGUCGCAUGUGUCUAAGUGUCGAUUAGACCACAAGCGUUACGUAACCAGUCGGAUAUUGGCUAAGACCUUGGCACAAAUCUUGCAGGGGAAACGAAAAACUCCUCAGUUAGUCUUGGAGUGCAAUCCAGGUCCUGGAAUCCUGACCCAGGCAUUACUUGAAACUGAUGCCAGAGUAGUUGCCCUUGAAAGUGACAGAACUUUUAUUCCACAUUUGGAGUCUUUAGGAAAAAAUCUGGAUGGACAGCUAGAUGUAGUCCACUGUGACUUUUUCAAAUUGGAUCCUAGAAAUGGUAGCCUGGUAAAACCACCCAUUAUGAUUUCACAGAUGCUUUUUCAGAAUUUAGGAAUAGAAGCACUUCCUUGGUCAGCAGGUAUCCCUUUAAAAGUAAUUGGAAUCUUCCCAAUUAAAACUGAAAAAAAGGCACUCUGGAAACUUAUAUAUGACCUAUAUUCCUGUACUUCUAUAUAUAGAUAUGGCCGAGUAGAACUCAAUAUGUUUAUUAGUGAAAAGGAAUACCAGAAACUAACAGCAAAACCCAAAACUCCAAACUUGUAUCAAGCAUUAAGUGUGCUCUGGCAAGUAGCUUGUGACAUUAAGCUUCUGCACAUGGAAUUAUCAGAACUAAUAAAACAAAACCUGUAUUUUAUUCGGAUGACACCUCGUAGAAAUUUAUUUACAGAAAACUUAACACCUGUUAACUAUGCUGUAUUUUUUCACAUGUUAAAGCAAUGUUUUGGAAAGCGCAAUGCCAAGCUAGUAGACCAUUUACAUUCAUUAAGUCCAGUUGAUGCAAUGGAUAUAUUGAAACGAAUAAGAAAACAUGAAAAUGCAAAAAUAACUAAUAUGCUCCCUGAAGACUUUAAGCGUCUUUUUGAAACUAUAGAGUGUUCCAAAGAUUAUACAUAUAAAUGGCUGUGUGAUGACUUCAUGGAAGAUAGAAUCAUAUAG